GUUAGUUUAUUCUUUAUUUACAGUUACUAGACAAAUCAUAUAAUUACAAACAUGGUUGCUUCAUCCAUUUUAGGUUUCCCACGUAUCGGUGGUCAAAGAGAGUUGAAGAAGACUACUGAGUCUUACUGGCAAGGUAAGGUUGACGUUGCUACUUUGCUUGCUCAAGGUAAGGAAUUACGUGAAACCAACUGGAAGCUCCAAAAGGCUGCUGGUGUUGAAAUCAUCCCAUCUAACGAUUUCUCCUACUAUGAUCAAGUUCUUGAUCUUUCCUUGUUGUUCAACGUUAUCCCAACUCGUUACACCAAAUACAACUUGGCCCCAAUUGAUAUUUUGUUCGCCAUGGGUCGUGGUUUGCAAAGAAAGGCUACUGACUCUACCCCAGCUGUUGAUGUCACUGCCCUUGAAAUGGUUAAGUGGUUUGACUCUAACUACCAUUAUGUUAGACCAACCUUUUCCCACUCCACUGAAUUCAAGUUGAACACUGAAGCCGGUCUUAAGCCAGUUGAUGAAUACUUGGAAGCUAAGGCUCUUGGUAUUGAAACCAGACCAGUUAUCUUGGGUCCAAUCUCUUACCUUUACCUUGGUAAGGCUGACAAGGACUCUCUUGACCUUGAACCAAUCUCCCUUUUGGAAAAGAUUUUGCCAGUUUACGAAGAAAUCCUCUCCAAGUUGAAGGAAGCUGGUGCUACUCAAGUUCAAAUCGAUGAACCAAUUCUUGUUCUCGAUCUUCCUGAAUCCGUCCAAAACAAGUACAAGGCCACUUACGACCAACUUACUGCCAACGCUGCUUUGCCAGAACUUGUCUUGACCACCUACUUCGGUGAUGUCAGACCAAACUUGGCUGCCAUUAAGGACCUUUCUGUUUCUGGUUUCCACUUUGACUUUGUUAGAGUUCCAGAACAAUUCGAUGAUGUUGUCGAAAUCUUGAACGACAAGCAAACUCUUUCUGUUGGUAUCGUUGACGGUAGAAACAUUUGGAAGACUAACUUUGCCAAGGCUUCUGAAUUCGUUCAAAAGGCUAUUGCCAAGCUUGGCCAAGACAGAGUUAUUGUCUCCACCUCCUCUUCUUUGUUGCACACUCCAGUUGACCUUGCCAACGAAAAGAAGUUGGAUGCCACCGUUAAGGACUGGUUCUCUUUCGCUACCCAAAAGCUUGACGAAGUUGUUGUUAUUGCCAAGAACGUUUCUGGUGCUGAUGUUUCCAAGGAACUCGAAGCUAACGCUGCUUCUAUCAAGUCUAGACAAGAAUCUCACAUCACUAACGACCCUGCUGUUCAAGAAAGAUUGACCACCAUCAAUGAAUCCUUGGCCACCAGAAAGUCUAACUUCGAACAAAGAUUGCCAUCUCAACAAGAAAAGUACAACUUGCCAUUGUUCCCAACCACCACCAUUGGUUCUUUCCCUCAAACCAAGGAUAUCAGAAUCAACAGAAACAAGUUUGCCAAGGGUGAAUUGUCUGCUGCUGAUUACGAAGCCUUCAUCAACAAGGAAAUCGAAACUGUUGUUAGAUUCCAAGAAGAAAUUGGUUUGGAUGUCUUGGUCCAUGGUGAACCAGAAAGAAAUGAUAUGGUUCAAUACUUCGGUGAACAAUUGACUGGUUUCGCUUUCACCACUAACGGUUGGGUCCAAUCUUACGGUUCUAGAUACGUUAGACCACCUAUCGUUGUCGGUGAUGUUUCCAGACCAAAGGCUAUGACCGUCAAGGAAUCUGUCUACGCUCAAUCCAUCACUUCUAAGCCAAUGAAGGGUAUGUUGACCGGUCCAGUUACUUGUUUGAGAUGGUCUUUCCCAAGAGAUGAUGUCUCCCAAAGAGUCCAAGCCUUGCAAUUAGGUUUGGCCUUGAGAGAUGAAGUCAAUGACUUGGAAGCCGCCGGUAUCACCGUCAUUCAAGUUGAUGAACCAGCUAUCAGAGAAGGUUUGCCAUUGAGAGCUGGUAAGGAAAGAUCCGACUACUUGAACUGGGCUGCUCAAUCUUUCAGAGUUGCUACUUCUGGUGUCGAAGACUCCACUCAAAUCCACUCCCAUUUCUGUUACUCUGAUUUGGAUCCAAACCAUAUCAAGGCUUUGGAUGCUGAUGUCGUCUCUAUUGAAUUCUCUAAGAAGGAUGACCCUAACUACAUCCAAGAAUUCUCUAACUACCCUAACCACAUUGGUUUGGGUUUGUUCGAUAUCCACUCCCCAAGAAUUCCUUCCAAGGAAGAAUUCAUCACCAGAAUUGAAGAAAUCUUGAAGGUCUACCCAGCCAACAAGUUCUGGGUUAACCCAGAUUGUGGUUUGAAGACCAGAGGCUGGCCUGAAGUUAAGGAAUCCUUAACUAACAUGGUUGACGCUGCUAAGCACUUCCGUGGUAAGUACUAGGUUUCUUCAUGACGGUUGCAUUAUUCAAUUCUUCUAUUGUUGAUGCUGUUAUCUCUUACUAGGAUUACAUUUAUUCAACAUUAAUGUAAUUAUAUAUAUAUCUAUCUUUUUGUCUUGUUUUUGGUAAAGUUCUUUUACUUUAUCAUGCUUUUUUUUAUUAUUUGUUUGCAGAUUCUUCAAAGAAUUGUGCAUGGGGGUUUAAAAAUGAGUUGUUUGUUUAUUGGGAUUUCAACAUCGGUUAUUAUAUAAAAAAAUAUAUAUCUUAUAUUUUA